AAAAGGGUGAAGAGAAAAGAAGACUGGGCCCAAAAACUCCUCAAGCCUGGGCGAUCAAAAGGCCCUAAACCUAAAACCCCUAACUAAAGCCUCCAAAAUCGUCGCAGGCGCCCUGCCUGCGAAACACCACACCCGCCACCGCCACCGCAACAGCCAACAGGACGCUUGCAGUUGCAGUGAUACCAUCAAACCUAAUAAACGAAUCCAAUGCUUAGACCAAACUCCGGAAAAUGAAGGCUUUGAGAGCAGCCAGAAGUCUGUCUUCCUCUUAUCCUCCCCGUCUACUUGCUCGUUUAUACUCAGCCCAACCCCAGCAGCGCCAUGAUGACUCCGACGAAUCCCACCACCAAAACAACACAGACUCUGUCUUCGACAGUGCCCAAUUCUCAAUCCCCGAAACCCCCUGCAGUGCCCCUCAAGUUCAACAACCCACCUGGGAUGUCCUCCAUAGGCAAAGAGUUGAACGCCUAGUCUUCAACGAGGCUCUCCACGCGGACAAGUUUAGACAAGAGGAAGAGGAGGCAAGGAGGAGGAUUCUUGCAAAGGCGUUGCUUGAGGCUGCCUUGGAGUCCCCAGAGGAGGACGCCGACAAUGACCGAGAGGUCAAGGAAGAGGACCAGAAGUCUCUCUCCGUUGGGAUAAUUGGCGCCCCUAAUGCUGGAAAGUCUGCCUUGACUAAUUUUAUGGUUGGAACGAAGGUUGCUGCUGUGUCACGGAAGACAAACACAACCACUCAUGAAGUGCUGGGAGUCAUGACUAGAGGGGAUACCCAGAUUUGCUUUUUUGAUACCCCUGGACUCAUGUUAAAUAGCAGUGGAUAUCUUCACAGAGAUAUGAAGGUUCGCGUUGAGAGUGCGUGGAGUUCAGUUAAUCUAUAUGAUGCACUCAUUGUUAUUUUUGAUGUCCAUAGACAUCUUACACGACCUGAUUCAAGGGUGAUAAGAUUAAUCAAACAUAUGGGAGCAGAAGCAAAUUCUAAACAAAAGCGGAUAUUAUGCAUGAAUAAGGUUGAUUUGGUGGAAAAAAAGAAAGACUUGUUGAAGGUUGCUGAGCAGUUCAAAGAUCUUCCUGGCUAUGAAAAGGUUUUCAUGAUCUCGGGAUUGAAGGGCUCUGGAGUAGGAGAUCUUACUAAAUAUCUGGUGGAACAGGCAGUUAAAAGGCCUUGGGAUGAAGAUCCUCUCACAAUGAGUGAGGAAGUCAUGAAGAAUAUUUCAUUGGAAGUUGUCCGGGAAAGGUUACUAGAUCAUGUGCAUCAGGAAAUCCCAUAUGGUAUUGACCACUGUUUGGUAGACUGGAAGGAAUUACGAGAUGGAUCUCUGAGAAUUGAGCAGCACUUCAUUACUAACAAACUAAGCCAGCGAAAGAUUCUUGUGGGGAAGAAUGGUUCUAAAAUAGGGAGAAUAGGGAUUGAAGCGAAUGAAGAGCUAAGGUCUAUCUUCAAAAGGGAUGUGCAUCUCAUGCUUCAGGUUAGACUUAAAACAUAAGUUCCAUAAAAAUUUAAUCAAAUGUCAAGGACUGGACACUUGCUGCCAUACCAUCUGAUGUGUAUAUAAAAAGGGUGCCCAAUGUACCAGUACCAAAAUUUACCUUGGGUCUUAUCUGUGUAAGGCCAACAUGAAGUCAGCUCUAUAGAUGAUAUAUUUAUAUCGGGAUGUACAAGUGAGGUAACACAAAUGAUCAAAAUAGCCCUCAUUUGCUUGUACAAUCUCCAUAAUUUUCUCUUUCAAUGUGCUGAUUUUGAUGUAAGAUUACUUGAAUUUGAAUUUCCUCUCUUGUAGUCCUACGCGAUGGAUGUAUUUAUGUGCCAUUACAUGAAGCUAAGAUGAGGCUUAUUCAGCUAA